AUGGGUCUCACGCAAGUUAACAUUCGUACUUGAUAUGGGAAUAUCUAUCAAGCAGAAUCCCUUCUUAUAACAGUUUCAUUCAGAGCACUGAAACCGAAAUUAAUUGAAUUCAGUCCUCGACUGGCACAAUGGAAACUGGCUGCCAUUGAUCGAAUAGGUUUUGACAUUAACGAAAAAGUCUUCUUAUACGAAGGAAUUGCUUCGAAAUCGGCAAUAAGUACACCUAUCGAAUCUGUCAUCUUUCUUGUUUAUCGAGCAAAACAGAACGUGCCACAUAGUGUCCUCAUGUCUACUCUCGAAACAUUACCCGAUGAGAUUUUAAUGAUCAUUAUCAGAUACUCGGGCGAUGCUCAUUCAUUGUUUCGAACCUACUCGGGAUUAAAUCAACGUUUCAGCAGCAUUCUCAUCGAUAGACGUUUGCAUCUUUUCUCGGAACUAUUAUACACGACCGUCGAUGACCGUUGUCUACAAUAUUAUUUUAAUUCGAAUGCAUUUCAACAAACUCGUCAUCAGUUUGUCUCUUUAAAGGCGUCAAAAGAUGACAAACAGCUUCAAGAAUGCAUUCGAUCGUUAAUCAUUUCGUAUAUUCAAGCAAAAUAUGCUCAAUUAGGUCAAGAAUUUCAAUCAAAUAUAAAACAUUUUCAAUUCAUACGAGCAAAUUUGAUCGAUGAGGAAAAAAAUACUCUCGAUCAAGAAUUGGCGCACGCAUUCAAGCAUCUGCCGAUUGAUGUCUGCGUACACGAUUUCUACUGUAGUUGGAAUCCAUACUUCAGUCCUGAGUCGAUCAGCCAUAUAAAACAAAUCGAACCUCGUAUCCUUAGGCAAGGCGCUAGCCUUCAAUGUAAUGAAAGCGAUGGAGAAGGAUUGAAUUUCACAAUGGCAUUAAAUAAAUGGUUAUUAGCGAAAGCCAGUCUUACUGAAGCCGAAGAUCGAUAUCUCGUUGAUCCUCUCCUUCAACUCUUUAAAACCUCACUUGUUUCCAAUCCAGUACUUCUAAAAAACAGAGGCUUCACUCGAUAUAACACGUCUGAACGUUGUGUACAUUAUUUCCUUAUUCAUUCGAUUUAUCAUUUAAACUAUUUUCACGAUUCGAAUCCUGUAGUACGCAAACCGAUGAAAAUGUAUUGGUACGGAGCAUUGCUCGAUCUUCUGCUUUUCGUUAUUCACUGUGUCAAUUAUAUUCAUGAUGAACAAGUUUGCUUGGAAGAACUUUUUUCGGACAUUUUAAGCAUGAUCAAAUCAAGUGAACCUUCGACUCCUGAUGAAAUUUUUAUUUAUACAACUCAAUUGGCGAUAUUGAGAAUUAUACUUCAUGAAUCUGAACGAACAAAUAGAACAUUGAAUCAUACACAUGUGAAUUUGUACAAUCUGUUCAAGAAUGAUCAACUAGAUUUGAUUCGUUUACUGUAUAGUGAAAGUGAACAAGUGCGAAAUUUAUGUCAUCAAACUAAGAUUACUGAAAAUAUUGUUAAGAUUAUGAUUGCAAGUCGGAAGAAAAUACAAUUAUUAAGUACACUUUUGGAUGAUCCAUUAUUCAAAUCAUGGUUAACGAGUUCAAAUGUCUUGUUUAUAUAUUUACGAAAGAAACAAUGUAAAAUUAUAAGACAUUUAUUGAGGUUGUUUCCAUGUCUCAUCAAUCAAUUAGAUGAACACGGUAAUAAUCCGUUACUUUAUGUUGCUGUCAAAGUACGCGGCUGUCGACAUCGUUUAGUCGAAUUUCUCAUUCAAAUGGGAUGCAAUGUACAUAGAAAAAAUACCAAGGGUGAAAGUUUCGUGGAUGCAUUGAAAUUGCCAUGCAAUAGAACAUUGAUGAACAAACUGAUCGAACAUGAGAUUCUUGAAAUUGAGGAUAGCUUAACCUCAAUAAACGUCAAUGGUGAAUAUUGCUGA